CUCAAUUUUCCCUAACGUCAAAUGGUACUGCGUGAUUGGUGAAAUGCGUGCAUAUGUUUCUUACGUAUUAGUUGCAUGUUAUGAAAAAUGUAUCCUCCUCUUCAUUAAACUUCGAAACUAAAGAAACUUAAUUAUAAACAAGCAAAAUGAGUGAUGAGAAAUCCAAGUUAGAACGACAUUUAACUUUACUCCGUGAAGAAUAUGUUAAACUUCAAGCUAGACUAGCUGAGUCAGAAAAAAAGUUUAGUAUUGCAUCUGCUCAAAUUGGAAAUGUUACUGGAGACUCCUUUAUUGUUAGACUUCUUAAAACUGUUGCAGAACUGUUUGAUAAAGAGCUAUACAGUGACUUGACUGUGGAACUGAAUGGUCGCAGCAUUAGAGCUCACAAAUUUGUCUUAUCUGCGAGAAGCAAUAACUGGGGUGUUCCAAAUCUUGCAGAUGUUGACUCUAUUGAUUUGAAAGAUAUUCCGCAGGAUAUUGGUCUCACUUUGUUGAAAUGGGUAUAUACUGAUGAAUUGGAUUUGAACAAGCCUGAUAAUUUUUUUCUUGAUCUUAUGAGAUUUGCUAAACGCUUUGAACUACGAAGUUUAGUUGACAGAUGUGAAAAUGCUUUAUUAUCUUCUGUUAAUGUCCAUAACUGUGUCAAAUUUUACCAAGCAGCUGAUGAAAUUGAUGCAGCCACAUUGAAAAGUCAUUGCUCACAGUUAAUAUCAAAUCAUUGGAAUGAUUUUACAAGUGAAGAUUUUGCUCAUAUGAGUGAUUCCUUAUUGUAUAAAAUGUUUAAAGCUAAAACAGAAUUCAUACUACACACAGCAAUCAAGAUCCAGAGAGAAGAUGUUGUCUUCCUCUUCUUAUUGGAAUAUGAUUCUCAGCUUGCAACCAAAGUAAAUGAGUAUGAUGAGCAUGGUGACAUACCUUUGGAUCUUGCUUUAAGCACUGGCCAAGAGAGUAUAGCCAAGACUCUUAUGAGUCAUAAAGCUAAUAUCAAUCAGAUUGAUAACAGAGGAUGGACUCUCCUGCAUAAAGCUGUUGCCAGAGAAGAUGAAUUUUCUGCUAUGUUCUUGAUUCAUAAUAAGGCAUCUGUUAAUGUUACUACACCAUCUGAGAAAGCAACACCUCUCCAUUUAGUUGCCAGCUUUAAUCCUAAAAAAGCUUCUCCUCUCCUCACUCUUGGCAUGACAAGAGUAGCCUCUACACUUAUAGAAAAUGGUGCCAAUCCUAAUAUGCAAGAUAUCAAUGGAAACACCUGUCUUCAUCGCUCUAUUUCUUCACAAAAUGCUCCCAUUUUUGAACUCCUGUUGCGUCACGAACACUUAGAUCUCGAAAUAAAAAAUGCUGAAGGUCAGACAGUGCUCUGGUUUGCAUUGGAUGAGGGUAUUGGUGGUUAUGACGAUGGUAGCUUUGCUGCUAAACUUGUUAAAAGGGGUAGCUGUCUGGAUGCUAUCUGCCCUCUUAAUGGAGAUACCUUGCUACAUUUGGCUUGCCGUGCAAAUAAUGAAGAAGCUGGCAUAUUUUUAGCUGUCCAUGGAGCAAAAACAAACUUAACUAAUAAUAAGGGAGAAGCACCUCUUCAUAUAUCUUGUCACAAUGGUUUGUCUGAUUUGACAACUGUUCUUUUGCAAAAGGGAGGUAACGCUAACCUCCAAACAUUUUCACCUGAGACUGUAUCUAGUGUUCCAUUUGAAGAUGAAGAAGCUGUUUAUCAGCAGACUCCCCUGCACCUAGCCAUUUUAGGCCAGCAUGAAGAUACCAUACAGGCUCUCAUUGAUCAUAAAACCUUUUCACAAAUAAGCUGUGAAAGCAGUGUGGUUGUACCAAACUUUAACAUCAAAAACUCAAAAGGUCAAACUCCUUUGAGCCUAGCGUUAGAGCUCAACCUCUUCAAAGUUGCUCAAAAACUAUUAUCAGGUGGUGCCAGUGUUGACAUUGUCAAUGAUGACGGUUUAACUCUUCUUCACCAAGCUAUACUGAAUCAGAAUAUAGAAGCUGCCUUGUUUCUGCUUGAGAAUAGUGCAGACUUUAACAUAAAAACUAGGGAUAAUGAAAGUUCAUUGCAGCUGGCUGUGAAACGCCACCUUCCCUCUGUUGUAGAUGCAUUAUGUCGUGCUGGAGCUGAUGUCAACACAAAAGAUGAGAAUGGUGAUUGCGCUCUAUGGAUCGCUUUAGAGAGUGGGCAGGAAGACAUUGCUUCUAUACUGGUGAAACAUGGAUGUGAUACCAAUUGCUGGGGAGAAGGACCAGGUGGUUGUUAUCAAACUUUAUUACACCGUGCCUUAGAUCAAAAUAAUGAAUCAGUUGCUUGCUUUUUAAUAAGGAGUGGCUGUGACAUGGACAGCCCCCGUAGGCCGAGUCCUGAAGGUCGAGGAGAAGAAGAAGCAUUUGAUGGACAAAGUGCAUUGCACUUAGCAGCUGCCUGGAGUCUUGAGGAAAUUGUACAAACACUCAUAGAACAUGGUGCAGAUGUAAACCUUCAGGAUUCAGAAAUGAAAACUCCACUCCAUACUGCCAUUUCUAAUCAAAACCCUGUGAUAAUCAGUUUGCUUUUAUCUUGUCCGACUAUCGAUUUGAGUUUGAGGGACAGACAUAAUUGCACUCCAUUUGCUGCUGCAAUGACAGUUCGAAACAAUAAAGCGGCAGAAUCCAUACUUGCAAGAGAACCUAAAGCUGCAGAACAGUAUGACAACAGAGGAAGGAAUUUCUUGCACAUCGCUAUUCAAAAGAAAGACAUUGAAAGUGUUCUCUUUUUACUAAGUAUUCAUGUCAACAUACAUUCGAGGGUUCAAGAUUCAUCACAGGCCACGCCUUUGCAUUUAGCAGUUGAAGUUGGAUCUGAGAUUAUUCUCAGAAAUCUGUUGCUUGCCGGUGCUCAAGUAAAUGAUUUAACACCACAGAAACAAACAGCCCUUCACAUUGCUGCUCUUCAUGAUAACAGUAACCUCUGUUCCAUAUUAAUAGAAAAUGGUAUUGAUUUUGAUGCUCUUGAUAACAAUCAAAACAAUGCUCUUCAUGUUGCAUGUCAAAGAGGUAAUUUGGCUUCCUGCCGUAUCCUUUUAACUGAAUCUCAUGUUAAUGCUGAAGCUGUCAAUUUAAGAGGACAGAAUCCCCUUCAUGUGCUGGCUCAAUAUGGCAAAGAAAAUGCUGCAGCAAUCUUUGAUCUUUUUCUUGAAUGUAUGCCUAAUUACCCCAUUGACAAGCCAGAUGCUGAGGGCAAUUCACCUCUUCUUCUUGCAUAUAUGAAUGGUAAUGGAAAUUUGUGCCGAGCUCUAGUGCGUUCAGGGGCAUGCCUUGGUAGUUGUAAUCGUCAAGGUGUAAAUAUUUUCAAUAACCAAGUUGCCACAAAGCAAUUACUUUAUAGGCUUUUGGAUUAUCUACCAAAAGAACCACCUUGGUGUGAACUAGAAAAUUGUAUGGAGUGUUCAUCGAAAUUUGGAAUCAAAACUCGUAAACAUCAUUGUCGCCAUUGCGGUCGUGUUUUAUGUGGAAAAUGCUCAGAUAAAGAUGUUCCCAUAUUGAAAUUUGGACUUAACAAGCCUGUUAGAGUGUGUGAACUUUGUUUUGAUGUUUUGACUGUUGGUGCCAUUUAAUUUACCCUUAUUGGUUGUGCUAGUCUGUGUUAGUAUACUUAAAUGUUUCUGUUUUAGUUGUAGAUUUUAUAUUAAUGUUUAAAAAUGUUCCUGUUGAAAAAAAGAUAUUUUAAUAAGUCUUAUUUCUCUAGUGAUUUAUAAUAUUCCAAAUAUAAAAUGUUCCAUAUAAAUCUUUAUCAUCCUUGCUUACAAAUUUCUGACGGAACAUGUGCAAAGAGUUUUUUUAUAUCAUAAAUAUAUGUUUCUCUUUCCCCCUUUUUUUAAAAAAAAUAAGACAUACAGUUUUUAAAACACAGCAUGCAACGCUUUUGAAAAAUGUAUAUAAAUAUUCAGCAGGCAUCGAGAUUUAGAUUUGUUCCAAUUAUAAGUAAAAUUCUACCUUUAAGUAUUACCACACUUGAUAGAAUAUUGAAACCUUUAACAACAUCUGCCAGUGUUGUUAUAAAAAGCAAUCAAGUCAUACACUGUAAAAAAUGCAACCAUUACAUUUAAAUUUACUUGAGUACCUUAUUUUACCAAAUUUAGUAACAUUCCCAGAAUCGUAUGAGUAUAAUGUAUUGUCUUUUUUACUAUGAAGCAUAUAUUUAUAUGUUGUAACAGUUAACUAUUUUUAUUUUUUGCUACAUCAUGAACUGUUGGUAUUGACGUAAUAAAAAAUAAUUGCCAAAUAGAUAGAAUCUGAUUUUUUCUAAAAUGAUAUUAACUGGAACAUCUUUUCCUACAAUUUUGAUAGUCACUUUAUUGCACAUGAGAAUUAUAAAAUAGCUUCAGUUGUUAAAAGCUUUGUCAUAUUGUAGAAAAAAAUUGAAUGAAGUUAUAAUAAAUAUUUCAAGCUUUUAUUCA